AUGUCUCACCAGUCCGGCAUUAGAACAUCACAAGAGUUGGCAGAUCUAUUUGUCACCGCAGUAGCCGGAGGCAAUUUGCGAGUAAUACGCGUUUCCAUAGUUUCUGAGUCACUCAUACCCGAUGGGACGGCUGAAGUGUCAGGUUCCUGGGAGACUGAUUUUUCUAAAAUCCAAGACUUUCUGGAGGAAAAAAAGCCAGCUUAUAUUAUUUACCGUUUGGACACCAAGUCGUCAGCUGGCGAUUAUGAGUGGUUGUUUCUCGCAUAUGUUCCAGACAAUGCCAAGGUCAGGGACAAGAUGCUUUAUGCUUCCACUCGGGCCACGUUAACGAAAGAACUCGGAGAUUAUCGUUUUGUAGAUUCUAUGUAUGGUUCAACAACUGAAGAAUUCACUCUUGAGGGAUACCGAAAACAUCUCCAGCAUCAAAAAGCAGACGCACCACUGACAGAACGUGAGAAAGAACUCAACGAAGUCCGCGCUGCAGAGGCAAGCACAAACGUAUAUAGUUCCUCUGCACGAAGAUCGCAUGCAGCCGGAGUGUCAUUCCCCACGGCAAAUGACGCUAUUCAAGCUUUAAAGAACUUGGGACAAACUUAUC